AUGCUUCCAACAGAGAAGAAACGCGUGGCUAUCGUUGGCAGUGGAUGUGCUGGUCUGGGUGCAGCCUGGGCAUUGCAAAACACUGACCAUGAGGUUCACAUCUUUGAAAAGUCGGAUCGCCUAGGAGGUCACACAAAUACACAGACAUUUACACAUGGCCAACACUCUACGCCUGUUGAUACUGGCUUCAUUGUCAUGAACUCUGCCACAUACCCGAACUUGAUUCGCUUCCUGAAUCACGUCAAGGUAGACAUUGUUCCCACCUUGAUGACCUUCAGUGUUUCGCGCAACCAUGGUGAAUUCGAAUGGUCUGGUUCUGGCGAAGGCAUUUUCGCUCAGAGGGAAAACAUCUUCAAGCCUAAGAUGUGGCGCAUGAUCUUCGAUAUCAUUCGUUUCAACCAGUUUGCUCUUGAUCUACUUACUGAGGACGACUCUUCACGCACUGAUCAGACCGUUGGUCACUAUUUGGAGGAACAAGGCUACUCUCAAGCCUUCAAGGAUGACUAUCUCAUUCCCAUGACUGCAGCAGUAUGGAGCACAUCUCCAGAUAAGACCAGUCUGGAGUUCCCUUUAUUGACUCUUGUUCGCUUCAUGUGGAACCAUCAUCUGCUGUCAACCAUUGCCGCACGACCUGCUUGGCUGACCAUCAAGGAUGGGUCUCAGAAGUACAUCGAUGCGAUCGUGCGCAGCUCUGACAAGAAGAGGUUCCAUUUCCACACCUCGACUCCGAUCACUGGUGUCACGAGGAUGAACCAGAAUGGCAAGUCUGUGGUCGAAGUCAGCUACAAAAAUCCGUUGAGUGGCACUCAGGAAUCGUCAACUUUCGACCAUGUGAUCAUGGCUUGCCAUGGAGAUGACAUCCUGCCUCUUCUCGCCGCAAAGUCGAGAGUGCCACCAUCGGAAAAGGAACAAGAGAUUCUAGGUGCAUUCCAGACUUCUGAGAACAUCGCGUAUCUUCAUUCUGACCUCUCGUUGAUGCCAUUGAGAAGACCGGUCUUCACAGCAUGGAAUUAUCUAACGACCUCCGCACCAUCCAAGCUCAAACACCCAGCUGGUGUAAGUCUGACAUACUGGAUGAAUUUGCUGCAGCAUAUACCGGAAUCCAAGUUCGGUCCUGUACUUGUCACGAUGAACCCUCCUCAUGAGCCUGCGCCGGAACGUACUCAAGGCAAAUUUGUAUACCGUCACCCUCUGUACACGCCAGCAGCCGUACGGUCGCAGAAUAGGCUGAAUGAGAUUCAGAACACAUCAGGGAUCAGUUACUGCGGAGCUUGGACAAAGUACGGCUUCCACGAAGACGGCUUCAGCAGUGGCCUCAAGGUCGCAAUCGAUCAUCUAGGGGCGACUCUGCCGUUUGAGUUCAAAGACUCGACCUUCUCGCGAGGCAAAGCGCCUCAGCUGAACUUGAUGGAUCAUGCAGUGCGCACUGCAAUCGUCUGGAUCAUGAGAUUUGCUCAUGUAAUGCACAUCUUUUUGUCUCUACCACCAGUAGCGUUGAUGCUGUCAAUCUUCCUGGGCCUUCUUGAAAGGGUCUUUGAUAUUAAGAUUAAACUAGAGUAG